AUGCUUCUGUCUGCUGAGCGCUUCCGGUGGGAGGAGCUCCAGCCUUCGUUCUGCGCACCCCGGGCUCUCGGAAAACCGACGGGGCUGACGGCGAGCCCGCCGCAGAGCCCUCUGGGAGAUGUAGUUCUGCGGCGAGAGGCACCCUGGGAAAUGGAGUUCUGCGCGCGGGCCCCAGCGGGAGGGGGCGGGGCGGAGGGGGCGGGGCGGGGCUCGGUGUCCCCGCGGCCUCGUGGGGACAGCGUUCGGGGCCGGUGCAGUGUGGGGCGGUCCGUUGGGAUCGGAGAUGCCGAGGGGCGGAGGGCGCAGCGCGCCGCGGGUCUUGCCACGUGGACAGCGGCCGCGGAGCCGGCGAGUGCCGAGGGGCCUGCGGGGGUCGGGGACGGGGUCCGUGGAGGAGCCGAGCCCCUGGGGCUGAGGCUGGCGGGAGAGGGGCCAGCGGAAGGCGUGUUCCGGGCGAGCGGUCGCGCGCCUGCGGGGCGGCGUUGGGUCUGCGCGGGCAGCGCGGGGGUCGCAGGCUGCUCGGCAGCUGCCGGCGGUGUGGACGGCCGCCGCGGCGACUCGGGGUGCUGCGAUUCUAGUUUCCGUGGACUAAUUGCCUUGUUUGAGAUAAAGAAGUCUCUGGAGCAAGGGUCCUGGGUGAGGAGAAUCCUGACCCGAGACCUUUACUUUGAGCAUCAAGAUAAGAAUCCAGAAGAUACACAGAGCCUACAGUUUUCCCGAGAGCAGCAGAAAAUGACCAAGUCCCAGGGCCCGCCGUCGUUCGAGGACGUGGCUGUGGACUUCACGUGGGAGGCGUGGCGGCUGCUGGACUCCACGCAGAAGGCUCUGUACCGAAGUGUGAUGCUGGAGAACUUGAGCAGCCUUGUGUCCCUGGAAUACUGGAAAGUUGAUGAUUACAAAGCAUGGCACCAAGAAAUUCAAGACAGGAUUAAAAAAUUGGAACAAGUUCGUGAAAUGAAUGCAGGUGGAAAAAUAUUUCAGUCUAGCAUGAACCUUGCCCCUUUAAAGCAAAAAUCCAAUAAGCGUGUCUCAACUGGAAAACAUUUGAAAUAUUCACUAGAUUUAUUUACUCAGACUGGAAACAGUGUGGGACGGAAAGCUGGUAAGGUCAGGGCGAUGAGAAAUCCUUUCUCCAUGUCGCAUGCGGAAAACUCCUGUCGGCGUGAAACACUAUGAAUGUACGGAAUGUGGAAGAGUCAUCAGCAGGAAGUCACGGCUCAUCGUCCAUCAGAGGACACCCAUGGGAGAGAAACCAUUCAAAUGCAGUGACUGUGGCAAAGCCUUUUCCCAGAAGUCACACGUCGUUACACACCAGACAGUUCACACAGGAGAAAAACGUUAUGGAUGUGAGUGUGGGAAGGCCUUCGCUAGAAAGUCACACCUCAUCACACACCAGAGAACUCACACGGGAGAGAAACCGUACGGAUGCAGCGAGUGUAGCAAAGUGUUCUCUCAGACCUCACAGCUCAUCAUUCAUCAGCGAAGUCACACGGGAGAGAAACCCUAUGCCUGUAGUGAAUGUGGGAAAGCCUUCAGUGGGAAAUCACAACUUAUCUCUCACUAGAGAACCCAUACAGACGAAAAGCCCAACAAAUGCAGUGAGUGUGGGAAAGCCUUCAGGGAGAAGUCAGGUCUCCGUAAGCAUCAGAGAAUCCAUUCAGGAGAGAAGCCCUACGGGUGCAGUGAGUGCGGGAGAGCCUUCAGUGGGAAGUCACUGCUGCUUCGACAUCAGAACACUCAUUCAGGAGAAAAGCCCUACGGAUGCAGCCAGUGCGGGAAAGCAUUUAUUUGGAAGUCACAGCUGCUCAUACAUCAGCGAACUCACACAGGAGAGAAGCCCUAUGGUUGUGGCGAGUGUGGGAAAGCCUUCUCCCAGGAGUCACACCUCCUCGUACAUCAGAGAAUUCACACAGGACAGAAACCCUAGAAACAGAGUGGACGUGGGGCGCCCGGGGGGGCUCAUUCGGUUUGAAACUUUAAAGAUACGUAUCGUAGCUGUAGUGAAAAGAAGGGCCAC